AUGCCAACAACUUGUGGUUUUCCAAACUGUAAAUUUCGUUCGCGUUAUCGUGGCCAAGAGGAUAAUCGUCAUUUCUAUCGCAUACCUAAAAGACCACAAAUAUUGCGACAGCGUUGGUUACUUGCUAUUGGUCGAACUGAGGAGACUAUUGUUAGUCAGUUACGUAUAUGUUCAGCGCAUUUUGAAGGCGGUGAAAAAAAAGAAGGCGAUAUUCCCGUUCCUGACCCUCAGCUUGAUCCACCAAUAUCAAUAGAAUUGCCACCAAAGGAGACGAAAAAUUCGGAGCGGCGUCGAACAGCAGGCUUAAAUUCAAAAAGUUCGCGAUCAACUCCAAAUUCGUCGACAACACCGUCGUCAUCAACAUCAUCGACAACGAAUAGCUCGAUAAAACGUACUAAAUCGGCUGCUGUUACCGCUGAUUUUCUCGCCACUUGCAAAUCUGGCCUUAACGUGAGUGGUCGUAUAACGAAUGGUGCUAAUGCAAGGCCACUUGUAGCAUUAUUAGAUGGACGAGAUUGCUCGAUCGAAAUGCCUAUAUUGAAAGAUGUUGCUACAGUUGCUUUUUGUGAUGCGCAAUCAACACAUGAAAUACAUGAAAAAGUGUUGAAUGAAGCUGUAGCAGCACUUAUGUGGCAUUCAAUAACAUUGGAACGAGAGGAUUUGGAAAAAUUUAAAGCUUUACGAGUUGUUGUUAGGAUUGGUACUGGCACUGAUAAUAUUGAUGUUAAAGCCGCAACUGAAUUAGGUAUUGCUGUCUGUAAUACGCCCGGUGAUUGUGUGGAAGAAGUUGCAGAUACGACGCUAUCACUUAUAUUAAAUUUAUAUAGGCGAACACAUUGGUUGGCUAAAGCAGUUUCGGAUGGUAGAAAGAUUCUUGGAGUAGAACAAGUUCGCGAACUAGCUAGUGGAAGUACACGAAUACGUGAUGAUACUUUGGGUAUUAUUGGACUUGGACGAGUUGGCACAGCAGUCGCAUUACGUGCAAAAGCAUUCGGUUUCAAAAUUUGCUUUUAUGAUCCACAUCUUCCAGAUGGUGUAGACAAAGCGUUAGGCAUCGAGCGUUGUUUUAAUCUUGAUGAUAUCCUUUUCAAAUCCGAUUGUCUUACUCUUCAUUGUCCUUUAACUGAUGAAACGAGGCAAAUGAUUAAUGAUGUUACAAUAAAACAAAUGCGGCCUGGAGCUUUCAUUGUGAAUACCGCUCGAGGUGGUCUUAUACAAGAAAGUGCCCUAGCUGAUGCACUAAAAUCGGGGCAUAUAAGAGGUGCAGCAUUAGAUGUUCAUGAACAUGAGCCUUUCGAUCCACUUUCUUUGGGUCCACUUGCAUCAGCACCAAACAUUAUUCAUACUCCGCAUUCAUCAUGGUUUUCGGAUGCUUCAUGCAAAGAUCUUCGUUCAUCAGCUGCGCGUGAGGUGCGACGUGCAAUUGUCGGCCGAAGUCCUCAUGAUUUAAUAAAUUGCGUAAAUAAAGAAGCGCUUUUAUUGAAUCAUUCUCGAAGGCCGGCCUCAUCGGCUGCUUCCAUCAAUCCAAAUGUAUCAACAUCGUUCAAUUCGCUUGCAGCUGCAAUGCCAUCUUUCGGUUCAUCGAUUGCUGAUGGUUUGUCAUUUUGUCGAUUAUUAAAAUCAAUUGUUUUUAUGAUGAUGACUGUAAGAUUUUUCGCUUAUGCAAUUAAUUCUUAUUGCAGAGUAGUGAUCUUUGCAGAACAGCUAAAUGGUUUAAAGAGUGGCAAAUCCCUUUUCAAAAAUGCAGUUUAG